AUGCAAGCCCUAGGCACGGACAGGACUGCUGACCCAGGGCACGGUGGAGGGGAGCCCAGGGUGAACAGGGACACCCCAGGGAUGCCUAGGUCAGACAGGCUAGACGGGGCAGACAGGGCAGACAGGGUGCCAGGGAUGGAUGCCCAGGGAUACACCACCGUGUGGGGAGGCGAUAUCGUGUAUGGGGUAAGGGUUCUAAUUGAGCUAAACACCACUCGCUCUCUCACCAAAGACGCUUCAAGCUCAACGACAGGUGCAAAGCCAUUUACACCGGGAAGCGUUACUUAG